UUUAGCGAACCAAACCCGUUGUAUAAUCAUCUUAAAAUUUCUGCCAACAUCAUUGACACUAUAUUUUAGCGCAUCACAGGGCGUUCGCGGUCUCCAGCGCGCCUUCAUCACAGACGCUGAUUUUGUGUCACCCACUGCGGUCCUGCGCGCGCCCUGCCGGAGCUCUGAGAUUUUAGCAAGCACCGCAGGACCCAGACCUGCCAAACUGUUUGAAGUAGAAAGAUUCAUCUUGUCCCGCGCGCCCAUGGAAGGCGACGUUAUGGAUAAACUGGAGGACAUGGCCUGUUGCGAGUUCGACCCAAUCACGGGGGAUAUUCCCGCCACUAAAGUGGAGAUCACCGUCUCGUGCAGAAACCUGUUAGAUCGUGACACAUUCUCCAAGUCGGAUCCUUUGUGUAUUCUGUAUACUCAGGGAGCGGAGUCUAAGCAGUGGCGUGAGGACUUCUUGGGUCAGACCUUCUGCACUCUGGGUGAGAUAGUGGGUUCACCAGGCAGUCGACUGGAAAAGCCUCUGGGUGGCAUCCCUGGGAAGAACUGCGGUACCAUUAUUCUCACUGCAGAGGAACUUGGAAACUGUCGGGACUGUGCCACAAUGCAGUUCUGUGCCAAUAAGCUGGAUAAGAAAGACUUUUUCGGCCGCUCUGACCCGUUCAUGGUGUUCUACAGAAGUAAUGAGGACGGAACGUUCACUAUCUGCCAUAAAACAGAGGUGGUAAAGAACACACUGAACCCCAUCUGGCAGCCGUUCACCAUUCCUGUCAGAGCGCUCUGCAAUGGAGAUUAUGACAGGUCAAUUAAAGUGGAGGUGUAUGACUGGGACAGAGAUGGCAGUCAUGAUUUUAUUGGGGAGUUCACCACCAGCUACAGAGAGCUGUCUCGUGGGCAGAGUCAGUUCAACGUGUACGAGGUGGUGAAUCCUAAAAAGAAACUCAAAAAGAGACGAUACAUCAACUCUGGCACAGUGACACUGCUUUCCUUCUUGGUGGAGGCUGAACACACAUUCCUGGACUACAUCAAAGCAGGGCUUCAAAUCCAUUUCACUGUGGCCAUUGAUUUCACUGCGUCCAAUGGGAAUCCUUCUCAGUCUACCUCCCUGCACUACAUGAACCCAUAUCAGAUGAACGCGUACGCCAUGGCCUUAAAGGCCGUCGGUGAGAUCAUUCAGGACUACGACAGUGAUAAGAUGUUUCCUGCGUUGGGCUUUGGAGCCAAACUUCCUCCCGAUGGCCGGGUUUCCCAUGAAUUUCCUCUGAAUGGUAAUGUUGAUAACCCAUAUUGCAACGGGAUGGAGGGAAUCCUAGAGGCCUAUCACGAGAGCCUGAAGACUGUCCAGCUUUAUGGACCCACCAAUUUUGCUCCUGUCAUCAACCAUGUAGCAAGGUAUGCGGCAGCGGUUCAAGAUGGCUCACAGUAUUUUGUGCUUCUCAUCAUCACAGACGGUGUGAUUUCAGAUAUGGCUCAAACUAAAGAAGCCAUCGUCAAUGCAGCAAAACUCCCCAUGUCCAUCAUUAUUGUAGGAGUCGGACAGGCUGAGUUUGAUGCCAUGGUCGAGCUGGAUGGAGAUGAUGUGAGAAUAUCCUCCAGAGGAAAGCUGGCAGAGCGGGAUAUUGUACAGUUUGUACCGUUCAGAGACUAUAUGGACAGGACAGGAAACCAUGUCCUCAGCAUGGCACGGCUUGCCAAGGACGUCCUGGCUGAGAUCCCGGAUCAGUUAAUCUUAUACAUGAAGUCAAGGGGCAUCAAGCCCAACCAGACCCCGCCAGAGUACAGUCCACCUGGGCUCAGCCCGACCCCCACCAUAUGAGUUUACCCAGCCGGCCGACAGAAAACAGGCCAUGCUUGUUAUGUCCCCUCCAAUUUGGAUUUAAUUCAAAGCCAAUAGGACUGAUUCAGUAUGAGGCAUCUAGAGGAGCGGAUGGUUUCAAUUCUCCGAUUUUGGAUCUAAUACACUGGAGAAAUUGAAAAUAUAUCCGUGUUCCGGCCUUUGAACUGAGAAGGGUGGCGUGUGAGUUUGUUUCCCCCUCUUCAUAAAUUAGCCGACUAUAUGAACAGAUUUAUAGCUUGGAUUUGAUUCUGCUGGAGAAGACCUACGCAAACAAAGCAUUUUUUUUUUGCUUAUUUAGCAUCACAACAUUUACAGAAACGCUUGUGAGUCAGCAUGUAAAGACUGUGUGUUAUAUUAAGGAAAUCUUUCUAUAUCUUUUAUAUGCAGCAGAGAAGGUGAAAGAGACCGUAGGAAGAAAUAGUCAAAUUGUUUGAAAUAUUGGAUACCCGAUAUGGGUAAACAAUGUAGUGAAAUUGUUUGUAGAAUUAUUUUUAAAUGGGUUGUGCUAAUGUGGUUUUAUUUUUCCACUGGAACAAUUUUGGGCAGUUUAUUUUUAGUAUAAAGUAAUUUCCCAUUGCAGUGUCCCAUUUAUAGCUUUUAAAAGCUAUGACAAACAAGAUUUUCUAUGCUAAAGCAUGACUCCCAGGUAAAAACUGAUGUACAUUGCAUUAUUACAUUGUAUUUAGAUUCAAUAUUUAUGCAGAAAAUCUGCUAUAAAAGUCUAAGAGAAGCACAUAUUUUCUUAAUGCUGUAAUAUUUGUAAAUGUUAAUCAGACAGAAAUCUCAGAUUCAUUCCUCAAACUGCACACAGACGAAAAUUUCAGGCACAAUCACCCCUCAGUAAUGUCAGAUUUACUUUUUUAAUUUGCUCCUCAAUUCCCUUAAUGCUUUAGAGCUGCUAUUUCUUCAUAUCAUUCACACACGACCCAUCAGGGGGAAACAUGAGGGAUGCCUCGCCGCUCGCUGCUAAAGAUGAUUGGAGAUGAGGCAGCGUCUGCCGUUUUUCUAAUAGCUCUGUCUGACUCCCCUGCCCCCCGUGUCCAGCCACGCUGAACCUCUGCCCUCUCAUUCCCCGGAUUCUCCCUGGAGUUUAAAACACUUUUCUAUUCUUCACCAUGACAGGAAUUAUUUCAGUGGUUUAAAAAGAUUGCAUGCAGCUGAGGUUGCAUUACAUGCUGGGCAAACAUAAUAGCAUUUCGACAAGUUGUAGCCUUGGAUUAGUUCUAGCAUUGGCAUAAUAAUAAUAAGAUACAUGAACACAGAUGAUUUGCUAAAACUGCCUUACAGUAAGUUUACAAUAAUGGUCGAUAGCAAGCAUAUAUUAGAAAGUAGUAUUUUAUAUGUGAUUACUAAGGAAGUGCAUGCUUAUUACCUAACUUCAAAAUUUAAAUAAAAUUUGAAAAAAGUCAAUAUUUACUCAAUAGAAACACUACAACAGUUUAUGCAGCCUCUUUUUUUCAGAGGUCCAUUUUGAAACUCAAUAAUCAUCAUUGACAAAUGUGUAUGUUUCGGUAAAUAUUGACUGUCUUGCUUUUUUGGACAGCAGGGCUGUUUGUACUUGUUCUUACCCACAGUUUUGAUACAUGUUGGUCAUGUGCUGUACAUUUUAGCAUAUUUGCUCGUUUGUCUUAAGAAGUUCCAAUGUUUUGGUUUUAGAACAUGCAUCUGUUACUGUGUUUCUGUUUGAGAACUACACUCACAAGCCACUUUAUUGGGACUGCUUGUUAACACAAAUAUCUUAUCAACCAAUCACAUGGAGGCAACAAUUAGGCACAAUCUGGUGAACUGAACAUAAAGCUGCGGUCACACUGCACUUUUCUCCCUAAAGACUUCUAUUCAUACGCACGUGAAUGCGUCAGACCGUAAAACGCAAGCUCGUGUGACAAAUUUCGUAGUUCGAUGCAUUGAAAAGCUUGGUGAACUCUGACCUGCGAUUUCACAUCACAUGAUUGCGUGAGACCAAUCAAAGAUCAAAACAUGACCUGUUUGGACAGGAAUUUAAAGCAUGGGCCAAUCGCUCACUUUUUUAAUGUCUAAUCCUCUUGUUUAAUCCCGCCCCUUUUCACAGCGUUGUACUACAGAAUUUGCAAGCUCAAACUCUAGUGUGGCCGCAGUGUAAGAAUGGGAAAAAACAGUGUUAAAGCCAGACAUGGUGGUCUGAAUAUUUGAGAAACUGUUGAUCUACUGGAAUUUUCAUGCACACUAUUUAUAGAGUUUACAGAGAAGGAUCCAAAAAGAUGAAGAUAUUCAUUGAGCAACAGUUACGUGGGUGAAAAUGCCUUGUUGAUACCAGAGGUUAGAGCAGCGUGGCCAGACUGCUUUGAGAUGAUACUACAGUAACCCAAAUAACCUCUUGUUAACCACUUGUUAACUGAGAAGUAUGUUCAAAUUCAAAUGUAGUACCUACUAGAGUAGUAUGUCCUUUUCAACUUAGGCUCAUUCUGAAAACAUAUCCCUAUAUACAUUUCUGCAGAUCGUGAAUUAAUACGUAUGGCUGCAUUUCAUCUUUAAACUGAAUGCUACGGGGCGGUAUGACUCCGUUCCUUUUCUCGCUUAUGAGUUGACCGUUUACCUCCGUAUGGACGGCUUUUCUGCUGUUACUAGUUUGUCCAGGAGCUCCACAUGUAUAUUGGCAGACUUGAGAUGCAGAGCGGAGUUGAGCGAGACAACAGGGUUUGAAUGGUUCCAGAUAGCGGGUAAGACAAAAACAGAAGCCAAAAAAUAAAACAAACAAGUAAAUAACAGGGUGAGAAUAUGGUAAAAUCUGAAAAUGUGGUAAAAAUCAAGGCUUAUCUUUUUCUUGAUUGCUUUUU